AUGACGAAGACGUACGCCAAGCCCAAGGAGAUGGCGGAGCUCCUGAGCACCCAAGCCUGGAUGGGCGAAACGCUGAGCUCCAAAGGCGAGCUGAAGGAGGAGGACGGCAGGCAAGCUCCCUUCGGCUUGGUGCCGGGCUUGAACGAAGAGCACGACAGCAUCGAGGAAGAAGAGGAGGAAGAGGACGACGGGGAAAAGCCUAAAAGAAGGGGACCAAAGAAGAAGAAGAUGACCAAGGCGAGGCUGGAGAGAUUCAGAGCCCGGCGGGUGAAGGCCAACGCCCGCGAGCGCACGCGGAUGCACGGCCUGAACGAUGCCCUGGACAACCUGAGGAGGGUGAUGCCCUGCUACUCCAAGACGCAGAAAUUAUCCAAGAUCGAGACCCUGCGGCUUGCCAGGAAUUACAUCUGGGCUCUGUCGGAGGUGCUGGAGACGGGGCAGACCCCCGAAGGCAAGAGCUUCGUGGAGAUGCUCUGCAAGGGCUUGUCGCAGCCCACCAGCAACCUGGUGGCUGGCUGCCUGCAGCUGGGGCCGCAGACCCUGUUCCUGGAGAAGCACGAAGAGAAAUCCCCGGUGUGCGACCCGGCCAUUUCCAGCCACUCCUUCAGCUACCAGUCCCCGGGGCUCCCCAGCCCACCCUACGGGUCGAUGGAAACCCACCUGCUGCACCUGAAGCCCCCGACCUUCAAGAGCCUGGUGGACGCGUCCUUCGGCGCCCACCCCAAUGACUGCACCACUCCCCCCUACGAGGGGCCCCUGACGCCGCCCCUGAGCAUCAGCGGGAACUUCUCCCUGAAGCAAGACGGGUCCCCAGACCUGGAUAAAUCCUACCCCUUCAUGGCCCACUACCCCUCGGUCGGCCUGGCGGGCGCACACGGACACGGAGCGCACUUCCAAAGCGCGGUGCCCCGCUACGAGCUCCCCAUAGACAUGAGCUACGAGUCCUACCCGCACCACGUGGCCGGGCCCCAGCUCAAUGCCAUCUUCAACGAGUAGCCAAGCAGGGGCAGACCCAAACUCUGGGGACAGGGAGGCGUUCGGCCGAGCUGGUUUUGGAAGGACACAGCCGGAGCGAGACCCCUGAGCAUCUCCGCAGGACAGCGCUGCGCAAGGCGCCGCUGGCCCUCCCGUCCUCCCCACAGCCCGUGCCACCUCGCCGAGUUUCAGAGCUGCUCCCAGAACCCUUCCUGAGAUCUGAGCCCGGAUUGCAGACCCGUGAAAUGCCCUCAAUGCCUUCUCCAGGCGUGGUGGGAAAGGGGUUUCAGGCACCUCCAGCUGGGGACGGGGCUCUUGUCCACACAGCUCUCCUGCUGCGGGCUCUGGAGCCAAAUCCUGCUCGUGGUUCAGAGCCUGGGUGCUGAGCUCCACCACCGGCCACAGCCGGGCUGCUGCUCCCCUCUCCCUCUCCCCAAGAGAUGCUCCCGGAGGUGGCUUCGCCCUGCACGUUUCCAGCACCAGGGACAAACAUUUGCUGAGCCCCCAGAGCUCAGCUCGCCCCCUCCUCGGGGUGGGAGCCCCAAGCCCCUCCGGCCCCUCAGGUUGCCCAGUUCCCCUCCCAGGGCAGCUCCAGAGGUGGGAAUGAUGUGGGCCACCCCCAGAAGACCCCUGGGGCUGCUUCCUACCCGAGGGAGACCCGUGCCACCGUAUCUGCCCUAUUAAGAUCUCCGUGAUGGUCCCUCCUUGGCUCAUCCCCGCUGCCCUGCUCCUCAGCCUCAGCCCUCGGACCCAAAACCAGCAGGCGACGGUCACGGAUCGUGGCACCUCGCUGCAGGAUGCUUGGCCCUUCAGAGCACAAAUAUCCCGGACUCGAGAGCUGAAACAGGAGCCACCGGGGCCGCGUCUUCUUCGGGUUUGUAGAGUACCUGCCACGAUCCGCGUUCCCAAGACAUCCUGCCAAAAGAAGCGUGUCUUAAUUCCCUGUUUUAUUUAUUAUUUACUUGGGGUGGGGUGCGUGGGGGGGUGCGUGUCUAAUUUAUUUCCCUCUGUUUUUUUAAUGUGCUGAAGAACCUCCUCAUUUUCCGGUUGACUUC